AUGAAGCUAGUGGCCAUCCUGCCUGGGCUGGCCUUGAUGCUCCAGACAGCAGUGGCCCUGAAAAUCUGUGCCUUCAACAUCCGGAGUUUUGGAGACAGCAAACUGUCAGACCAGAGUGUUUCCAAAAUUAUUGUGAAGAUCCUGUCCAGGUAUGACCUUGUCCUAGUGCAAGAGGUGAGGGAUACCGAUCUCAGUGCAGUCCAGGAACUGGUGGAGCGACUCAACAGGGCCUCCAAGCACUCUUACGACUACGUGAUCAGCGAGUCACUGGGCCGGGAGAACUACAAAGAGAUGUAUCUCUUCCUGUACAGGACACAGAGCUUCUCUCUUGUGAACCAGUACCAGUACCCCAACCCUGACAGCACCUUCAGCAGGCCUCCGUUCAUUGUGAAGUUUGCUGCUUCUGGCUCAACGGUCAACGAGCUGGUGCUGGUGCCCCUUCAUACCCCCCCAAAUGAGGCUGUGGCAGAAAUCGAUGCUCUCUACGACGUCUAUCUGAAGAUCAUUGACAAAUGGCAGACUGACAACAUUAUGUUCCUGGGGGAUUUUAACGCCGAUUGCAGCUAUGUGGGGAAGAAAGACUGGAGCUCCAUCCGUCUGCGCACCAGCGAGGUCUUCAAGUGGCUCAUCUCAGAUGACACAGACACCACCGUGGGCAACUCUGACUGUGCCUACGACAGGAUUGUUGUGAGUGGCUCGAAACUGAGGAAGUGGAUUGUGCCCAAGUCCGCUAAAGUGUUUGACUUCCAGAGGGCUUUCAAGCUGAGCCAAGAGGAGGCUCUGGCUGUCAGUGAUCAUUUCCCAGUGGAAGCAGAGCUGACAUCCCCCUGAAGUGCUCUGUGGCCAG